AUGAUCUCCCGCCAGGUCUACGGCCAGAAGGAUUUGGGUGGCAGGCACCCUGUAUUGGGGACCGUGCAGUCCCAGAGCUCAGACUCUCAUGACUGCCGCGAGGGCUUGAUUUCCCGCUCAGGCACAUGUAUUCUGGAGAUAACGGCAGUGGAGGUGGGCAUUGUGGCCAUCAGGGGUCUCUUCUCCGGGCGGUACCUGGCCAUGAACAAGAGGGGACGACUCUAUGCUUCGGAGCACUACAGCGCCGAGUGCGAGUUUGUGGAGCGGAUCCACGAGCUGGGCUAUAACACAUACGCCUCCCGGCUGUACCGGACGGUAUCUAGUACGCCUGGGGCCCGGCGGCAGCCCAGCGCGGAGAGACUGUGGUACGUGUCUGUGAACGGCAAGGGCCGGCCCCGCAGGGGCUUCAAGACCCGCCGCACGCAGAAGUCCUCCCUGUUCCUGCCCCGCGUGCUGGACCACAGGGACCACGAGAUGGUGCGGCAGCUGCAGGGUGGGCUGCCUAGACCCCCUGGUAAGGGGGUCCAGCCCCGACGGCGGCGGCAGAAGCAGAGCCUGGGUGGCCUGGAGCCCUCACAGGUUCAGGCCCCGAGACUGGGCUCCCAGCUGGAGGCCAGUGCGCACUAGCUGGGCCUGGUGGCCACCGCCAGAGCUCCUGGCAACGUCUUGGUGUGGCAGCCUCUCGGCUCUGACUCUCCUCCUUGAGCACUUGCCCCUGCGUCCUGCCUCUGGGUUCUCAGCUAUUUCCAGAGCCAGCUCAGAUCAGGGUCCAAUGGGAACUGAAGAGGGCCCAAGUCGGAGCUCAGAGGGGGGUGCCUGCAAUGCAGGGCAUUUGUGGGUCUGUGUGGCAAGAAGCUAGCAGGGAAGGGCCUGAGUGCCAGCCCUGGCAGACCGAGGAGCCUCCCAGGAGCAGCCGGGCAGCGUGGGGCUUUGUGUCAUCAAAACAUUAAAGUAUUUUAUUCUA